ACACAUCUCUCCCCCUCUUUCCGCGUCACCGCCCGUGCGUGUACUCCAUCCUCACUGGCCUGCCUGCAUCGCGAUCACCUCACCUCCAUCUCGCCGGAGAUCGCAAGGGCCGCCGCCCGUCCCCCCCGGCCCGCGAUGGACGCCUCCUACCGCCGCUCCGGCGCCGGGGGAGGCGGCGGCGGCUCCGCCCCCCGCACCGUCGAGGACAUCUACAAGGACUACCGCGGCCGCCGCUCCGCCAUCCUCCGCGCCCUCACCAACGACGUCGAGGAGUUCUACGGGCAGUGCGAUCCAGGUGAGUCCCCGUCGCGAUCUCUCCCCCAAGCACUGCAGUUUCGUUUCGAUUCGCCGCCUCAGACAGAUCGCGAUGUGGCAGAUAAGGAGAACCUCUGCCUGUACGGCUACGCCAACGAGGCCUGGGAGGUGGCGCUGCCGGCGGAGGAGGUGCCCACCGAGCUGCCGGAGCCGGCCCUCGGGAUCAACUUCGCCCGCGACGGGAUGAAGCGCACCGACUGGCUCGCGCUCGUCGCCGUCCACUCAGACUCAUGGCUCGUCUCCGUCGCCUUCUACUAUGCCGCGCGCCUCACCCGCAGCGACAGGAAGCGUUUAUUUGGCAUGAUGAAUGAUUUGGCAACCGUUUAUGAAGUCAUCUCAGAGAUGAGACAAUCGAAGGAGAGGGAUAGAUCGGUUGGUAUUGACAACAGCGGUAGACACAAGCUGCCAGCCAAGCAUGCACGUGAGGCGCCGCCGCCACCACGUGUGGAAAAUAACGCCAGGGAGGCUGAUGAAGGCUACGAUGAAGAUGACGGCGACCACAGCGAGACUCUUUGCGGGACAUGCGGUGGGAUAUACAGCGCGGAGGAAUUCUGGAUCGGGUGCGACGUUUGCGAGAGGUGGUACCAUGGCAAGUGUGUGAAGAUAACUCCUGCCAAGGCGGAGAGCAUAAAGCAGUACAAAUGCCCGAGCUGCAGCUCAAAGAGACCUAGGCAGCAGUAGCCCUCCACCGGGGAGGCCGGCCCCCAUGGAUGGGGGACCUUGAAGCAGCAGCGGUUGAGACUUAGACUCCUUGUGCAAGGCUAACUACUGCAGUCUUGCUAUGUUUACUGUACUUUCGUUCAGGUUUACAAAUGGUGAUGAUGCUAAUGCAUGUGAGGAAAGAUCGCACACAUUUUCAUAGCCUUCUAACGUUGUCCUGAAGAGGAGUUAAAGGUGUAUGUUGCUGGGAAAGGAUAGUAGAAUGACGAAAAUAUGUGUAACUUUUCGUGGAAAGUUCAGUCUUCCAAUAAUCGGAGAGGUUUAUUUAUGAUAUUCUAUGUUAAUAUAUGUAUUGGUCCUUUCAGCUGUAA